AUGAGUCGAGUGUUUAAUGAAUGCUGGUUGAAUCUCUAUCUAGUAGUUUGGUUAGUUGUUGGUUUAUGCACUGUUUGGUGUGGUUUAGAUGAGAGCCCGCCAGAUAGAGGCUUGACUGAUGCACUUAAAAUGAGUUGGUGGGACUUUUCCUCCCAACUCAAUGAAACUUCCUCCCAACCCAAUGAAACACCUAAUUCAACAUCAACUGCUCAUUUAGAAGGCCAAGCACACAGACCAGCACCAAGAAUACCAGGACAAGCUAACAUAAAGAGUAGUGGGUCAAGGACUGGUUAUCGAGGGAUGGCUCAACCAGCUCUACCACAAAUUACAGAAGUUAAUAAUGCCAGUCUAGCCAUUCAAUCCUCCCUCGCGAGUAGCAGCACAGGUUUUGCUAAUCUCGGCAACCCGCAACAAACUGAUUGGAGUCAUAUUCUAAAUAAAGAGGAGAGUGUGCUAUUUUGGAAGUUUAUAAAGAUAGAAGAACAUAAAGAAGGGUUAUCAACCAACACUGCUAAUGAUCAGAGAUGGUUUAUACACCGAAAAUCCCCUGAUUCAGAUAAGCAUGAACUGUACUGUUGCCACCAGCAAUGGGAGUGUAAUUGCCAUAUAAAUAAGGAUUGGCGGAAGAAUGAUAUAAAUAAGUUACUGCGGGUUUUAGAUAAGUUCAGUAUGAUUCAAAUCAACGAUUGGUCUAUUACAAUUAAGAAUACCAACUAUGCUGAGUGGCUUCUGAUUAUAUCUAAAUGCUUAACCAUAUUUGAACCCCUUAUAGAAUUUAUCCAUCCUGCGAAUCAAACUGCUAUAAGAAUCAGUCUAGAUACUCUCAGUGAAGGAACUAGUUCAUACAUACACCCGCUCGAUAUUAAAAAGUUACAACAGGUCUUCCAAGAUCAAAUCAAACAAAUCUGUCGGGAUAAGUGUAGCCUUUUCUUGACUCUCCAGCACCUCACUACACCCGUCCAACAGAUUAUUUGGCCACUAGUAGCUCAUUUUAGACUAACACAGUUAUGCCUACAUGCCCCUUUAAUGACCAAGAUAAACUUCCUUAAUGAUAUAACGUGGGAGUGUGGCUAUAGUCUCACCAUAGAGGUUCGGAACCUCAAUACUACCAUUGUCCUUCCCAUAAUUAUUCAGUAUCAUACGCUCCGAUCAUCUGCGCACAUUAAGGAAGACAAGAGCCGAGCGACCUGGGCGUCUAUAGCUAUCACUACUCUCUACCCCGAAGAUCUGGUGCAUGCGCCAGAAAACAUCAUGGUCGUUAAUCUUGAUGAUUAUUUAAUGCCUCCUGAUAACGCCCGGUCAGAGUUGACCGGUUCUCUAAGGCUUUCCUACGACGUUCUAGUCUCCUAUCUUACAUCUAGUCUUAAAGGUCCUGCUGUUGUUGCUUCUCUUUGGAUAGAUAAUAUUCCAAACGAACUCAUUCCAUACAAGCACAAAAAGCCCAGAGAUACUCUUAAAAUACGCAAAGCCCGAUCUCGUUCCAAUCUUAGUAGCAAGCGCUCUACUCGCAAGAAAUCACCCGAGCCCUCUAUAACCUAUAAAGAACUACACUUACUCCGUGAAGACAAAUCGUGUAUUAACAACCAUGAUUUAUUUCUAAAGCGUUUCCCUCAAUUAAUACAAGAACAUAUACCCUCAAACAAACGCCACAGGUGCUCGAUUAGUUGA